CUCUUGCCUUUCUUAAAUCUCAGAACACUGAUAUUUAUCAGCAAGAACAUAUUCCUGUGCGUUUAAGGUAAUCAGCAAUUCAGGACACGCACAGAAGCGGUUAGAUAUUUUAGCCAGAACGGUAGCUUGGUUGCGGAGAAACGUGUCCCUGAGAAACGAUGCUCUGAUAUUGAUCCGUGGAAAGUUGAACGGCGACGGAACAAAUUCUUACAGCAUAGUGUGAACAAACAUUUGAACGGUUCAGAGGGUAAAGACACGCUCGAAUUGCCCGUGCUUUACUGGACGCCUCGGUGACAAGUGGUUUAAGUACGUGUCUUCCUAAUUGCAGAAUUUCUUUUGACUUCAUGCUGACUAUUGAUAAUUAAUAUUUAUUUCUACAAAAAGGAGAAAAACCGUCAUGAUGGAGAAGAGGAAAGGAUUCCGAGUUCGCACAUGGGCAAUGACUAAAAUGCAGGUAGAAGUGCUGAGCCUUUGUAUACUUCUAACUCUCACUCACGUGACGGCCACCAGGCACAACCGAGACCCGAACAAAAGGCGGCGCUUGAGGGACGACAUCGCUGCAUCCGGGGCUUGCAACCUCGAGGUGAGAUGUGACUCGGCACUUGUGGAUGAAGACGGGCUCGCGGCUGUCCGGCUGCCUAUAAGAGGACCGCGAGGAAAACCGGGGGAAGAUGGUGAAAAGGGAGAGAAAGGGGAACCUGGGUUACCUGGUGUACCUGGACGGGCAGGCAAAUCAUACCCACCACCGCCAAAAGUUGCAUUUUUUGUGGGACUAGAAGAAAACAUGGGUCCCCAAGAAAAAGAUACCGACGUUGUCUUCGACAAUGUGGUCACUAACGUAGGCGACGGCUACAAUCCCAAGACAGGCCGGUUCCGAGCGCCUUACAACGGCACAUACCAGUUCCAUAUUGUUAUAUCGGCUCAAGGUCGGCAAAAGGUGAGCAUGUAUAAGGCUGCAGUGAUGCUGAUCAAAAAUGGCGUCAUGAUCCUAACGGUCUGGGCGGAGAGCAUACCCUUCUGGUCCACGGCUUCCAACACCGCCAUCUUGAAACUAAAAGAAAAGGACCAAGUAUGGCUGAUGGCGCUAGGGCGUGCCCCGUAUCUCCAUGGUUACAUGUAUACAACUUUUUCCGGACAUUUGCUAUUUACGAACUAAGUAGAUGGAUGAACAAUGCCAGUCGGCGAAAGUGCUUUUGGUAAAUUACACAAAUUAUGAAAAUUAAUAUAAUAUAGAGGAUAAAUGUAUUGAACAUUAUAUAUUUUAGACGAAACCAAUUUUCUGUCUAGAAACUUCAAUAAUUCAAAGAGCAUACGUGUAUAUAGUUUAGCUCCAUGGCGCCUCUAAAUUAUACAGUCACAUGGAGUUUUAUUUGAUUGUUUUUCAAGCUGUCCAAUAUGUAUGCUAGUAAAAAAGGUUUUACAUUUAUUUCAGACAUCUUUUUAUACAUAUCAAUGUAAAUGAUCCUCCAUGAUAUCACAAAUACGAACAAUACUAGUGUAUUGUGAUGGUACCAGUUUGGUUUUCUCUGUUUUCUCUUUCUGUUACCGUAGUCACGGAUUAUUAUAUAUUCUCUUCUUUUUUAACAGCCCCCAAAAUACAACAUUUUAAAAUAUAUCAGUUUGAUUUGCACGUUUCACGUUGUACCUUAGGAUGCGCGAGGAGAGUAAUUCAAUUUUGGCAAAAAUAUAUGCAGCGUAUUUCACACUCGUUGUAGAGUCACAGCGGGGUGUAUUUGUUUGCAAUUCAAACGAAAAAUUACCUUGUUACAAAAUCAAUUUAAUGGAGUUCAGUUCGUCACGAGAUGACAUUCCUCGAAACGCCCUGUUGCUUUAUCAAUCAAAUUAACGAUUCUUUAAAAUAUGCACGUGGUAAAGGGUAACGUUGGUGUUCUCUUUGCUACAUACGCAUUUGUCAUAUCCAACAAAGUUCUGGUGAUUCCGUUUUUUUGCUUCAAAAUGUCUACGAGAACGGCCGAAAUGCAUCAUUGUCUUGUAGUAGUUGAUUAAUGUGUAUAACAGAGUCUUUCCACUGGUUUUUUAUUACAUCGAUAUAAUGUUAAUACUGUCCUUUCAUGCACUGCAUUAUACAUUAUUAAAUAUAUAAAGUUGCUUUUGUGUCUUGCCUGUAAUAUUUGACCUACAAUUCUAAUGUGCAUAUUCCAUCCUAUUACGUGUAUACUUGGGGUUAUUUCAAUGCAAAUUAUGAUUAUGAACAGCGAAGAGUUGUGCGUUCUCAUUGUGUGUCUCAGCCUUCUAGAGCUAUGUUGAGAAUAUGCCGAGAAGUGUGUUAGAUGUGACUUUAACCCAUAGACCAACCGUAAUCACAGCUACGCCAUCCAUCUGGCAUUACGGGGCAGGUAGGGGGAGGGGGUGGACUUGGAAGGUCUCGUUUUCAACUGUUAAAGACUGCAACACUGGUAUGUGUGCAAGACUUGCGAACUGGUAAUGCUUUAGGUCAAUUGUAAAAAAUUCAGAAUUCGAACCACUAGUAAAUGAACAAUACCAUUGGAGUUUUUACCUGCCAGCGUUUUUAAUGAUAAAAUUUCAAGAAGUAAA